ACUGCCACUCGCACAUGGGUUUGUUGUUAUAGUGUGUGGACUUUGACUCUGGUUUCGCUUCAGUGUUACUGUUUACCAGAACUGUUAAGCAAUUAGUUACAAUGUAUACAAUGUAGCGUGCUUCUAAAUUUAUGUUUAGCUUAAAAAACUGCAAAUCUGUAACAAUGAGAGACAAAGGUCUUUUGCUAUAACGUUAUUUCAAAAGUGAUUUCAUGUUUAGUUGAGGUUUACACUUGAAAGGUAUUUCCACGAACCACAUCUGUCAAAAUGGAAACCAGUCCGUUCAUUCUAGACGGAGGUCUGGCGACAGAACUUGAAGCAAGUGGAUUUCGGUUGCAGGGAGAUCCCCUAUGGAGUGCAAGGAUUUUGCAUACAAACCCACAGGCCAUUAAGGACGUACAUUUCAGAUUUCUUAAAAGCGGUUCUGAUGUCAUAACAACAGCCACAUAUCAGGCCAGCAUUGAGGGAUUCGUGAAAUAUCUUGGUGUCCGGCCUGAGGAGGCUCAGCAGAUGAUAAUAUCAGGGGUUCAGCUGGCAAAAGAGACCGUCCGUGAGUUCCUGUCUCACUCACCCAUAUCAGAAGACAGAAGAGAGCCUGUGGUUGCAGGUUCAGUGGGACCAUAUGGGGCAUUUUUACAUGAUGGGUCUGAGUAUACAGGGGCCUAUGAGGACAAGAUGACAAUGGAGGAGCUGAAAGACUGGCAUCGUCCACAGAUCCAGUGCUUAGUAAAAGCCGGAGCUGAUCUUGUUGCCAUGGAGACCAUUCCAGGUCUCAAAGAGGCGGAGGCUUUGGUGGAAGUCCUCCGAGAAUUUCCAGAAGCUAAAGCCUGGCUUUCCUUUUCUUGUAAGGACUUUCAGAAUAUUUCAAGCGGGAGGAGAUUUUCUGAGGCGGUUCAGGUGGCUUGUAGGUCCUCACAGCUGGUUGCAGUGGGGGUGAACUGCUGUCCCGCUCCGUUAGUGAAACCACUUCUAGAGUCAGCCAAGUCACACAAGAAAGCAGAUUUGAGCUGGGUGGUCUACCCUAAUAGUGGAGAAGGAUGGGACCCCAAGACCGGAUGGAAAAACGAGAAACGGACAUCAUUUGCCAAACUAAGUCUCGACUGGAAAGAACAAGGGGCUUUGUGGAUUGGUGGCUGCUGUCGUGUUGGUCCUGCUGAUAUAACUGAGCUGAAACAGCAACAUGACAUCAUUUAGUUUAUUCUGAAAUAAUGCAGUGAUGUAUACGAAGGUGUAUAAAUAUUUUAUUCAUAAAUAAAAAGAAUACAAUAAUAAUAGACUAGAUUCACAUGAGUAUGAGAUUUGUGAUGACUUUAACAUUAUACAGAAGAUGUUGCUGUGUUAAAGAAAUAACAAAUCACAGUCCACAUGACAUGGAAGCAAUCAUGCAAUCUUAGCUCACAGCGUGUUUGACAAAGAACAUGAGUGGAAUCCUUCAAGUUGCUAUUUACAAUAAGAUGGCACCAUCUUAUUAAACCAUGUCACUUAAUGAUUACCAGAAUCUGAUCCACUGAAAUAUCACAUGGUCACAUCAUUAAACGGUCUGAUAUCUUUAUGUCGACCUUGACUUAGUUUGUAUUUUUUUAUACUUACACUAAUAAAGCCAUUUGUUUA